AUGGCUCACGCGGAUCCUCGCUUAACUGUAACGUUGGACGGUACUUUUACAUUGGGAGACAUGGUUGAAGAGACUCCCCCUCGUCGUCACUACUACGCCAGACACUUCUGGAUGCACCUUGUCAACUCUCCAUCCUCAUCAAGCAAAACACCGCUCAUUUUUUGCAAGCCUUUUGGACAAUACAUCCUUGACGUGGACCUAAACUUCGCCCUCCGCGGCAAUCUCAUUCCGUUGCCAUAUCCUUGUGAACCCGUCUUAGAUGUCAACCCGACUCAAUACGUUGAAACUUCUACCACCGCCGAAAUGAACACGAGUCAGAUCAACAGCAUGAGUGUCUUGUCUCUUGGGAGAGUCACCUCCUGCAACCUCUCCAACAACAAAUCCCACUGGGACGCCCUCAUGGAACACCGUGAUUAUGAGCCUAAUGUCAGUCGUGAACUCCCAUUGUCUAGGAGCAGUUCUGACGUCUUCUAUAGGAACGCUGGCGCUACCGCUUCACUAUCCAAUACAUAUUCCCCCGAGGGAACUUUCAAAAAGGCUCGGUUCUCUCCGUAUUGGGAUCUAUCACUUCAUACGGACUUGGCCCCGCGUCAUGGUCAAUUUGUGCUCUUUACGUCCUAA